UCUUCUUCUUCUUUGCUUUUGCCGAGCAAACCGAACCCAGCAGCAGCAGCAGCAGCACCGUUCGACCCGAACCAAAGCAAAGCAGAGCACUCACCUGACCCGACCCGACCGGACCAUGUCGGGACCUUCUGGGUGGACGGAGGUCUGGCUUUGGGUCACCGCCGUGAUUCUAGUCGGCCUCGGCACAGCGGACGGAACCGGCAGGGAUAGGGACGCGCGAUCAGGUGCUUCGGGGUUCUUCCCGGUCCCCGUGUGGAAGUUUACGGCAGUGUCAGGACGUGAAGGUUCUUUGGACCUGGCCCGGCCGCAAUUCCGCUGCAGCAACGCGACGCUUUGGCUCCGUUUGUCACUGGUGAGACACGCCAAAGCAAGACUCUCAGACGGGAUUCGGCUGCUGGCGCUGCCCGACGGCUCUGACGCUUCCGUUCGGAGGUUCGGUCCGGUGCUGCUGCUCCGACUGCCUUACAGCAGCGAGUACCUGCGCCUCCAGGUGUCGAAUGGAAAACGCUUGCGCCAGUUGGAGGUCUUUUAUUUUGACAGUCUGCUGCAAAGCAGCAUGGUUGCGGUGGCAUCUUGCGAGGAUCCCGCCGCCGCACCUCCGCUGACUUUGGUUCUCUGCGGAGCCACGCAAAUCCUGGUCCGUUUGCAUUUUGGCUCCAAAGUGCUGAGAGUCAAAGAUGUUGGCGGAGCUCAAAUCCACCCCGUGGUUAGCACGAUGGACGCUGGUUCCGUGCAUGUGAUCGUCUCCACUCCGCCCAACACGGAUUCUGCGGUCGAAGUUUAUUUCGAAUCUAUGGGGGAGAUGUCUGUUACGCUAGCAGCUUGCGACAACACUGUUGCACAAAGACGACACAAAGUUUGGCCUAGAUCUGUCUUGGACUCUGACGAAGAACCGCCUUGCUGGACCACCUUGCCGCCGCCGCCAGCAUCGUACAGUCACUCCCACAUCUUCGAAAUGUGGGGAUAUGACGACAUUCCCGCAGGUCCGUUGGAAGAGGAUAACAGCGAGGACAUUUUAACGACCGCUGGUCCUGCUUGUCCGGACGAUCUAGACCAAGAUCUUCCUCCAGUUACUCCAGUACCAUUUGCUGAUAGUAAUAUUGCAUUGUCUGCAAUGACUACAUCUACCAGUGUUGCUCCUCUCACCAAAUCUACACCUGCCCCAACCAAAACUUCUUCAGCCCUUUCUGCAACCACAAGGAAAACUCUACCAGUCGCCGACACUCUGCCUACCGUCACCGUAAUCACUCCAAGCACAAGUCUUGUACCCCAAACCACCUUAACUCAGACCUCAACAUCUACCAGAAGUUCAAUUGGACUUUCUAGAGCAACAAUGCCCACACCCGCAAGUCGUCCUAUACUCAAAGCAAUCUCUACUCCUUCAAGAGCUCCAUCAACCUCUCCUGAGUUGGUCAACACAACCCUUACUUUGCCCAUGAAGACUCCUUCGACCAGAAAUGCAAUGCCCACAAUCUCAUCUCCUGUGGUUGACCUGAGCGCAAAAAUGGUCACUCCAACCAAAACGUUACCUACCUCUGAAAACAUUUCUGCACUACGAACCUCCUCCGCCCCUUCACAAACCACAUCAACCACAGCUUCUGAAUCAGUGCCAAGAAUAUCUUCCUGGACCCCAACUGCUGCAAUAGCCAAAGCCGCUCCUGCAUUUCCUCCAACCAUAAAGACUUCAGGUAUCGCUUCAACUCCGGCGCCUGCUUUUGUCACAACUACGCCUUCAACCAGGACUACUGCAAUGCUGACGACAACCCAAUCUCCUACAAAAAACUAUUUGGUCUCAACUCCCACUCUUCCUGAAAAGACUUCAGCUCGUACAAAUCUUGUACGGCUCACAACCCAUGCCGCUUCUACCGCUGAGAUCACUCCUACUACCUCAAUGACUAGAACCAGAAGUGCUGCAACCACUCCAAUUAUAUCUACAAGCACAAUGUUCUCUCCUGCUCCAAUUGCAGGCAUUUAUGUUCCAACUGGAAGACUCGCAACUUCAGUCUCUCCAACCACACCAGGCAAUCUAGCCACAAAUCCAAUAAGCUUUCCAACAACCAGCUCGGACUCUUUAACUGCCUCCACCAACACUCCACCGACUUCUGAAUUAGUCUCAUCAAUCUCUACGAGCAAGCCUGUUGUAAUUUCAUCAACUACUACUCUAGUUUCUAACGCAACACAAUCUAUUGCGACGAUGGCUCCAACAAGUCCUGUACAUUCAACCACCUCCACUACUGAAAGUGCAUCUCCUGCAGCCACUGUGACAUUUUCUACACCCUCAAGCAUAUCUGUCACACCUUCACAGGCUCAUACUACACCUGCUUUGGACAGACCAAUCUCAACUGGAGUAUCCACAAGCACCCCUGCUGUCUCAAUGACACCUUUGACCACGACUGCUGCUCUGUCUUCAGCCACCUCAUCUCCUACGACAACUACAAAACUGACUACUGGAGCACUGACGCCAACUAUGAAUCCAUUUUCAGACAUGUCCCGAGCUACGCCUGAAAAUAAUCCAUCUCCUUGUGCUUUUACCAAACCCCCAUUGCCUACAACCGCCACCUUGCCUCCAAUUCUUGCUACAGUGUCCACAUCUGCCAAGACUACGCCACCUCUAACCAAUACUACCUUGACUUCUGGAACCAGUACUGCAACCAAAGUCACACCUUCAGUCUCUGCAACCACAAGUCCUGCACUGGUCACACCAAUCUUAUACACCGUUUCUGUAACUGCUCUUGCUAGCUCACUAGCAUCUCUGACCACGACUACAGCGGUGCCAACAGCCAACAUGUCUCCCACAGCUACAGCCCAAAUUCCUUUAGCCAAAACUAUCUCUUCGACUUCAGGCACAACUAAAAGUACGACUGUGAAGGCUACUCCUGCUCCGAUUAGAAAUAGAGUACCCAUUACCAGCGCUUCUCCAUUUACAAUGAUGACAUAUGCUGAUUCCACAAGUACAACUCUUACUGAAACCACCUCUUCAUAUCCUGCUGUACCCACAAACACUUUUACCCUGUCAUCACAGUCUAAUGAAACACUUUCUACAAUUAUGUUUCCUCAAACCACAAGUCCUGUACUAAAAACUACUUCAAGAGCCACAUCAACAUCUCCUGAAUCGAAUAACGCACGCAUUACUUCGAUUACCACCACUACAGUGUUGAGAGCUAAACCUACUUCAAGCACAAUUCCCAGACCCACUUCAGCUUCAGUUUUUACAAACACGAUGAUGACUCCGGCUACAACAACAAUAACUGUACCAACAUCUACUACAACCUCAACUUCUGGUGAACCUAUGAUGCCAGAGUUGGCCACGAUUACUACCAAAACAGUUUUAGACCCGUCCCGAGCUACGUCUGAAAGUAACCCAGCUCCGUGUGCUCCAACUAAUCCUAAAUUUACCACGACCAGACCAGACCAUACUAGGCUCAUUCAACACCCAACUUUUGCUUCAACCACAAGCACCUCUACGACUUCUUCUGUGGCCUUGUCUGUCUUUUAUACAACUGCAGCUACAACCACUUCAGCUCCAAGCACAAGUCCCGUACUAAAAACAAGAAGUCCUUCUGAAAACAUAGCUACGAUUCCUCCAACUACCUCAUCUCUGGACGUACACAAAACUCCUGCAGGGAAAACUGCAGUCAAGCCAACCACCACUACCUCUACUACUGGAACCACAACUGCUUCAGCAGCUUUGAGACUUUUUAUAACCACAAUGAGAACUAGUCUUCCAACCAUAGCCACCUUUGCUGAGACCCCAUCUGCUGCUGUACCCAUAACUCCAUGUCUUUCAGAGACUAUAUCUACCACCAGUUCUCCUAUAUUGUUUGGACUAACCUCCAUUUUGACAAAGACUGCAUUUCACAAAACUACAACGACCUCAUCCUUCCCUGCACCGGCCAUGACUUCAGUCUCUCCAACCACAAGUCCAGAACCUUUAACCAGUGUAGUCCUAUCAAAAACCACAUCUCCGUUAUUGGUUUCAGAAACUACCCCUGCAGUAUUUGAAACACCUCCUGCACCUACUCCAGAGACUUCUCUUACUUCAACCACAACUAUGCGGGAGAUGAGCGCCUCAUUCACCUCAACUUCUAGGACAAAUGCAUCUUUAACCUCAAUGACUGCGGUGGCAAAAACCAUCUCAUCUUCUACCACAGGAACAACUCCUGCUCCAGCUGCAAGUCCUUCACUUGCAUCCACCCAUACUUUGACCUCAACUACCCCUGAAACCACAACUGCUGCAGACUCAUCUCCACUUUCUACAACUACUAUGCCCAUAACCAACUUAUCUCCUACCAGAAUAACCACUUCUCCUCCAAACACAAGUCCUGGAUCCACAACCUUUCAACAACCCACUUUGACCUUAACUCCAACCAAAACUUCUGCAAAAUCUACAAGUCCUCCUGAUUCCUCGAUCAUGACUCCUUCAACCACAGCUGAUCUUCUUAGAAAGCCCUGUGCCACGACCUUAACAUCUGAUGUAUCCACAUUACCUGCUAUUAUCCCAAUUUCUUCCUCUUCAGAAACUCUGUUAACCUCUGCUUUUCCCACAUCUCCUGAAGUGCAUACGAUCUCUGCUCCAGCUACCGCAAAGCCUCCUUUUUCCAUUGCAAAUACAAAGCCUACAGCCCCCCCGUCCCCUACUGCAACAACUUCUGCGCCAACAGUCGCAAGCAUGAGCCCUUUUGCUCCAACCACAAGGCUUUUACCCACAACCACCUCAACUACUGGUGGUACAACUGUUGCAGCUAGUGUCAAGGCUCCUGUGACAACACUUGCUCAAAAAACAACAAUGAUGGCCUCAACUGUACAUGCAGCGUCCUCACCUGCAACUCAAAAGAUCACGUUUUCAAUAACCUCAACUUCAGCUGUACCCCCAGUGGAUGCUUUUGUCAGAACUACAUCUUCAAGCUUAAUGACAACUGUUCCAACAACUAGCUCAUCUCUUCCAAUAACCUCUCCUGCCUCUCCAAUCGUGAGGAUGCCCACAACCAGCACAUUAGGUAUCACCACUUCUGCUCCAGACACGAGCCCUGUAUCCACACCAACCUGUAUUCCUUCACAAACUAUAUCCUCUAUUGCGGUUCCCACAAACACUGCAGUGACAGCUGACCUAAGUAAGAGUCCAUCAGAUAUUACUCCACUCUCUCUUAACACAACACCACCAGUACCUUCACAAGCAACGUCAAGCCACAAAAGGACCAUGCCUACUCCAACAAUUAUGGUGCCCACAACCUCUGCUUUUACCUUAUCUGCUGUACCUACAACUCCGAAUUUAACAGUCUCACCCAUCAUAAUUUCUUUGCCUUCAUCUAAUUUGCCUACAACCAAAACAAACCUUUCUGCAGUCUCAACAACACCUACAGUCUUAAUGACCUCUCUGGAUCCAAGCACCUCUGCUACAAUCUUUAAUCCGGAACCCACAACGAUGACGACUCCUGUCACAACUACCUUGACCACGAUGGCUACCGUAUUGACAAACCCCACAUCGUUCAUGCCCACAAGCUCUUCUGCAACAAUGACCACCUCUACUGCAGCUAUCGGAACCAUGCCUUCUACCACAACUACGGUACCCAGAAGCACCUAUACUGCAACAAUGGGCCUAACCACCUCAUCCAGGCCUGGAACCACCACAGUUGUUGCCACUACUGCACUUUCUACAAGCCCAGUACAAACCUCUGCCACAUCUCCUGCUCUACAUACAACUUCUAGGAUGAGCACUCCGACCAAAGGUCCUGUAGCCCCAAGCAACUCUACACGGACCUCAACGACACAUCCAGCAAAUACAGUGACAACUGUUAUUCAAACCACAAGUGCUGUCUCCUUGAACUCUGCCCCUUCAAGAACAACUGCUGCAGCACGGGCCACUGUUUCAGUACUCCCAACAGUCUCGGCCCUGCUCCCGAGCACAUCAGUCUCUCCGCCAUAUCAAACCUUACCAGCAUCAGCAACUAUUUCUGCUAUGACGAGCUCUACUGCACUGUCCACACCCCAUGAUGUGCUGAAAAUAAAAGCAACUCUUGUGCCAACCACAUCUCCGUCUGUAUCCACAGUUCCACCCGCAUUUCAAACAGUCCCUCCAAGCACAAGUCCUGUUCACCCGUCUUCAAUCACUCAGGUACACACAAUGACACCUGAUUUGCUCAGUGCUUCUUCUGAAGCGCCAACAACCACCUCAUCUCCUAUGAUAACCACUCUUGCUCAAACCAAGAGUCCUGAACCCCCAACCACCUCUGGUAAGGCAUCAACCUUUGUUAUACCCGUGAUGACACCAAAUUUCGUCUCUACCCCUUGUGCUGGACCACCAACGCAAAUGGCCAUUACGAUCUCUCCAACCAUCAGUCUAGCACCCACUUCUACUGUAAUUACAACUACUGCAUUCACUAUGACUACAAUGACAGGUUUUGUUCCAAAAGCAACUGCAAUGCCAUCAAGCAGCACGAGGACUUCGACUGCCGUGGCCACACCACCACAAAGCACUACCUCAGUCCCUCUCAGCAUAAGUAGAGAACCUGCAAACUCAGUCCUCUCACAAGCCACAUCAACUGCAGGUCUUCAUGCAUCGGUUGAAGCAUCUGCUUCGACUUCAUCAAAUGCGGCACCACUAGCUCUUCCUGCACCAACAACCAAGUCGACUCUUCAUUCUGCAACUGCUUCCCAUUCUCUACCCACCUUUUCUACAGAUUCGACUCGACUUUCUACAACUGCAAUGUCCACAAGCUCAUCUGAAACGCCUACAACCAUGUCUCCAACUACUUCUGGUCUACCCACAAAGAUGCCCUUUUUUGUCAUAACUACCCCUUUGACCACUCCUACUUUUAGUCCAACAACCACUGUACGCAAAAUACACAAAGUCUCAACUAAACCUUCUACAAUCCCCGUGACUGCCUUUACCACAGCCUCCAAUUCUCCAGUACCCAAUAUGACGCCUGCUUUUUCCAGUUCUUUGACCACUACUGCUGGAGUGUCGACACCCUUAUACCCUACUACGAUAACUUCUGUACCCCCUAAAAUCAUGUCUGCAACUAGCUCAUCUACUACAAUAAAUAGUUCGACAAGUCCAGCACCCACAGCAACUGCCACACGUUCAAAAACCAUGACUACAAUUCCUACAACCAGUCAGACUAGAACGUCUCAAACUAGCUCCAGUGUGAUGUCUACAGCUGUACCCACGACUCCACCAGCCAUUAUUGCCGUAUCUCCAAAAAUAAGUCCUGCACCCACAAGCACCUCUUUUGCCUUGUUCCCAAAGACACAUUCUGUAACGAUGACAACUCUUGCUCCAACCACUUCUGUGACUCAAGCUACCUCUGCGACCAUCUCUUUAACCACAACCUCAUCUGCUGUACCCACAACGUCACCCGUUUUAAUCAUACCUAAUCCAUUGAUCAUGACUACUUCAAUUUCAACAUCCACCUCAUCUCCCAUUAUGCCCAGCACUGCACAAACCACAAGUCCUUACUCCACAACAACCACUAGUGUGAGCGCAACUACCUCUGAAACCACCACUUCUGCACUUUCUUCGACAAGGCUGCCCACAACCAGCUCAUCUUUUUCUAGGAUGACCACUUCUGUUCCAAAGAAAAGUCCUCUAUCCACAACCACAUUGGCCCCUUCACAAACCAAAUCAACCUGUAGUGGCGCACCCACAACUCCACCAACCAUUACUACUAUCUCCCCAAACAAAACUAUGCUACUAACUAUCGCCUCAACUACUGGAACCACAAGCACCGGCACCACAAUGAUGCUUUACACGACCACAAUGCCAGCUCUUGCACCAACCACAACUAUUGAUGCAGCAUCCUCUACUGCAGUACCCACAUAUCUAUAUCCAUCUACAACUCUUCUACCCACAACCGUAUCUGUUCCCUCAACCUCUGCGUUGGUGACAUCUACUUUAGUGCCUACCGCAAAGAAUACCUUUACUCCAACCAUUACCUCAACUGGACCUGCCAUUAUACAAGUCUCUCCAAUUACAAGAACUACACCAAAAAACACCUUGACUCUAGCUGGAAAUGCUAUUUCUAAGAUGGCAUUAUCUCCUCCCAUGAGGACUUCUUCACCAAGCACAAGUCCUGUGCCAAAAGCUACAUCAACCUUUCCUGAAUUGGUCACAACAUUUGCUUUGACCAAGACUGGGGUGCUAAAGACUGCUUCAGCCGCAUCCAUUACCUCAGCUGCAACAAUGUUACCAACAGCAACUUUGACCUUAACUCAUACGGAGACCCCUGCAGCCUCAGCUGAACUUUCUACCAUUGCAAUACCCCCAGUAAGCUCUUCUCCCAAUAAAGUGAGCAUUUCUGCACCAACUGCACUGCCUGCCUCUAAAACCACUUCCACUACUUGUAGAAAAUCUAUUAAAGCCACCACGGGAAGUACUAUAACUACAAACAAGAACCUUGAUCAAACUGUGACUACAAUGUCCACAAUCACCCCUGCUAGUAGUACACCUACUGUUGAACAAACACCACCAGAUGCCAUUGCUUCAAUCCCCCAAACCACAAGUCCUGAAGCUAAAACCAACAGGGUCUUUGCAGAAACGACAUUGUCUGCUGCAACUAUACCCAUGAUGCCUGCUUUUAACUUGACUACAUCCCCUGUUGCUCACACAAGCACCUCAUGGACCACUUUGGCUCCACCCACUCAACCUAUUGUCACAUCAUCAUCAUCAGCCCCUUCACAAACCGCGUCUGCUGCUUUACCCACAAGUCCUUCUUCUCUAUCAUCAACCACCGUGCCAAAGAUGACUCCUGCUUUUGGGAAAAGGACUGCUGCAAUGCCGGCAAAUUUGUCUCCAGUCACAAUGACCACAAUUUCUCCAACCACAAGUCUGUUCAUAUCUACCCCAGCUACUACUGAAACUUCAGUUCCAACCAGAAAUCCAGGAUCAAAACCCCCUUCAAUAACCACAUCAACCAUUCGUUUGACUGCGAUGCCAAUGACCACUCCUAUUUCAUCCAUAACAGUACCAAUAAGCACAUCUGGUGUACCCACAACUACAACUUCUCUACCAAAACCAACUUUUACUUAUCCUUCAGCUACCACCGAACCUGAAACAUUAUCUGUUGCCAGCAUGGCAGCAAGUUCUGUGCAUACAAGCACAUCAGCCCCUCUGCAAACCACAUCAAGCUCCUCCCCAACUUCUGUGUUGGUCACACCAGUCUCUGCUACUGCAGUAUUCACCAUCACCCCUCACUCUACUGAAAGAGAGAAGUCUCCUCUGGUCACAACUACGUCUUUGACCUCCACUACAGUCAUAUCAACAUCCAUCUCAUCUCCAACCACAAAUCUUUUUCCUACAGCCAAGUCUUCUUUGAUCUCAACUACCACUAAAACGUUAGGUGCUGCCUCAACUAAACGUUCUCCAAUGUCCACUCCUGCACCAAUUACCAAGUCAUUUUCAACCAUGAUGAGGUCUGUUCACAAAACCACCUGGGCACUUUCACAAUUGUCAACAACCUCAGAGGCAGAUCCCACAACUUCACCUACAAGUAUCACCAUUAGACCAAUAACCACCUCUGGUGAAGAGUCUUUUGCUCACCCCACAACUCAACUAGUCACCAUCUCUCGAACCUUGAGUCCUGUUCACAGAACCACAACUGCUUCUGCAACCACUUCUCCAACAAAAACUGCCACCCUCACAAAUCUACCAAUCCCUCAAACAAGCCCCUCUACUACUGACGCCGCUAUGUUAUCAGCCACUUCAACACAUUCUACUAGCCCAAUAACUCUCGGACCAACGACAAUGACCCUCACUACAUCAUCUAUUGCUGCAACCACAAGCGCACAGGCAACUUUAGUACCAUCAAAAACACAUUCCGUUCCGAGAAGCUUAGGCCCUUCACAAAGCAUUCCAACCUCUUCUCCUUCAAUGGUCACACCAACUUCUGCUUUGACCAUAUCUACUCCAUUAACCACCACCCUUCCUGUACCCAUCACAAAGACUAUCGCGCCAACCAUGUCAUCUCCUGCUCCAAGCCAGAGUCCAUCACUCACAAUCACCUCUACUAAAAUUACAUCAACUAAAACCACAAGUGCAGAAAUGAGCACUCCUUCUUCAACCUCGACUAUAAUGUACCCCACCACCUCUACAAUUGUACCCUUAAAUGUGCAGGUUACUACUUUAGAUUCUCCAAGCAUAGGUCCUGAACCCCCAACCACUACAGAUACCUCUGCUCCAGCCACAACUCAACUUGUCACAAAAACCUCUGCUAUGAGCCCAUCAUCUCUAGUAGCCACAACCCCUUUUGCGUCUACCACAAAAAUGACUUCUGCGCCAACAACCUCAUCUCCUGCUGUACCUAAAACGACAUUGACAGUUCUUGAAAAUACAAAUCGUAUACCUACAGUAACCUCUUCCUUAGUGCCAGUUACAACUGGAACCACCUCUGCAGCAAUUACAAUGCACGCAAGCACCUCUCUUUCUACUACAAUGACCCCUUUUCCUGCAACCUCAAGUCCUUCAAUGUUGAGGCAACCUCAUCCUGAAUUGGUCACAAUCUAUUCAACUGAGACUGCUGUUCCGACAACUGGUCCUACUUCAAGCCUUACCACAUUGCCCUCAACCACAUAUGUUUCAACAUCCUCAACUCCACUGACUACAAAUGUUUCUCCACACCCCACAACCACCUCUACUCUGACUUCAUCUACUUCAGAGCAUGAAACAUUUUUUUCUACAACCACAGUGACCUCUGUGUCUUCAACAGAAAGUCUUAUACCCGUAAGCACCUCUUCUAUGACCUCACCCCCCACUGAAAGCACAACUGCAAAGGGCUUAGCUACACUUUCUACAACUAUGAUGCACACAACCAGCUCAUCUUUGAACUCUAUGAUCAUUUCUACGCCAGGUGCUGUACCCACAACUCCAUUAGCAAUUGCUACCAUCUCUUCAAGCACCUCUUCAACUGAAACUACAGCUGCUGCUGCCUUAACAACACUUGCAAAAAGCACUCCUUUGACUGCAACUACAGAGCCAACAACCAUCUCAUCCGCAAGCAAGCUCACUACAUCUGGCCCAAACACGAGUGCUGUAUCCACAACUCCAUCAGUCACUGAUAAGAUCUCGCCUCCUACAUUGACUAUGACAUCUGAGACUGGAACCACAACUGCUGUCGACACUGUGCUACUUUAUACAACCACAGUGACAAGUCUGAACUCGUCUAAUAUUGGAUCACUACCUCGAUUGGUCACUACUUCAGUCUCUCAAACCGCAGCUCGUGAGCUCCCAACUGACCCAUCCCUCUCACAAACCGCAUCAACCUCUGCACCAACUUUAACUGCUCCUGCCAUGAUCACAACAACUGCGGGGCCUAGAACUCUUGUGCAAAAAUCAAAGACUACUCUUGCGUCAUCUGCAACAGCUACAAACCCAUCUGGUCCUUUAAGCACAACAGUCCUUCCAACUGCAAUGCCUGUUCUCAGAACCACCUCAACUACUACUGGAAAACCAACUGUUGCAGCCUCAACUACGCUCUUUGCAACAGUGAUGUCUGCAACCACCUCAUUUUCUACCAUUUUAGCCACAAGUCCUCGACCAAACAUUUCCCCAGUACCUUCAACCAAAAUACCCUCAGAAUUGACCACAGUGUCGACGAAAACUCGUACGGUAACCAUAACUCCAAAGCGAACAACCACCUCUAAGGAAUCAUAUACUGUUGUAGGCACUGCAACAGUCUCGCCCACAAGUCCUUUACCUACAGCCACCUCUACUAUCCUUUCAACUUCCACUGAGAGCACAUAUCUUCCCUUCUCUCCCACCGUGACAUCACUGGCUUCAUCCACAAGCGCCUCAGCCCCAUCAAUCUCUACUCAAAACGCAACUUCUCCUGCACUGCAAACUCCCAUUUCUACUGCAGAACCCGCCACUCUGUCUUACACAAAGACAAGUCCUCUACCCAUGUUCACCUCAACAUCUGCUGCGUCCAUCACAACACUUCCUACAACCAUGAGAUUUUCCUCAAGCGCAACAUUGCCCAUGACUUCUUCCACUAUUGGAUACACAAAUGUCAAAGCCACUACUUCUGUCUCUCAAGUCGCAAGUCCUAAAAUCAAAUCUGACAUAACAAGUUCUACAUUGUUCACAACUACUGCAGUCGCUAUGUCUCCUACUACAAAGACCAUUAAUGCCAAAACUAUGAACCCCACAACUCCAGACUCCCCAACUGCAAUUCUGACUACACUCAAUCUUGGAAUGACUAUUCCCUCUUCAGAAAGGACCAGUACUCCAGUACCAACGAAUGUAAUUAAGUCAACCACCUCUACUUCAGCAAUGUCAAGUGCCCAACUGCUAAUGACCACACCUGCUCUGGCUCCAUCCACUGCAAUCCAUUCGAGGUAUCACCCAGUUGCCUCUACAGCUCAGACAUCAAGUCCUGCUGGUGCAGCAUUACCCGACACAUCCGCUUCAGCAACGACUACCUCACAAAUUGCAUUAACUUCAUAUGGGACUGCCAUAUAUGGAAUGACCAUUGGUCCAACUCCACUUGGAACGGCUUUUCCAAGCAACGCAGAACAUGGGGCAACCUAUGGUCCGACUCUUUCCAAAGCAAUCCAGCCUUCAACCCCUCCUGAAAUUGAGAUUUCCUCUGCAGUGACUUUAGUAAUCAUGACUCCUUCCCAAGUGCUAGCAACAACCUCCCCAGUGAUGGCAACAUCUGACAUGACUUCUCCGGGCCCGUCAACACCAGGUAUAAUAUCUCUGGUGACUGCAACAUCUAGGAUUUAUCCAUUGAUGGAAAGACCUCAAACAACCAGCAGUCAGCCUCAAGCCAUUGUGACACCAUCUACAACAUUUACUUCUGGAAAAGGAACUGACCCACAAGCUCCAAAUAAACCCUCUACAGUGACUGUAUCACCAAGAACAACUGUUCCAAUACCAGUAUUGCAUCAGGCAGCCCAAAGUCUGGCUUCUACUGCUAUAAUCGGGCAUACACCACCUUCUUCAGGCAACCCCAUUUCAUCUCAAACUCUGUUAACAACAUAUCCAACAAAUGCAACACAAGGAACAUUUUCAUCAACCAGUAUUCAGACUACAGUCCAGUCUAUGCCCUAUCCAGAAACUGCAAUUCUCCCCGCAAGAAAAGUAACACCCGAAACAACUCGUCAUCUGGCCCAAACCAAUGCAAUGCUGUCUUCACCCCCUCCUGGGGUAAAUAUUCCCUGGGCGAUUCCAGUAACAUCAAUACCCAAAGCAUACAGUAAUCUGGCUCAAACCGCUGUGGUACAGUCUACAACAUACACUUCAGAAACGAUAACUCCUUCCCAAGAUCUAAUGACUGCUCCUCCAAUGGCUGCAACACCAUUAGCAACCACAAAGGCAUUUCCACCUGGAAUAAUUCCCUCAAUGUCACUGACUACUACUUGGCGAAAGUCCAGCAAUAGUUAUAUUUGUGGACAGGGACAAUUUCGCAAGGGCAGCCGCUGGGGUCAAGGGCACCGCUGGGGUCAGGGGCACCGCCGGGGCAAAGGUCGUCGCCGGGGUAAUCGCUGGGGCCAACGCUGGGGUCAUCAGGGCUUUUUCCAACCCUGGGGUUAUGAGUGCCAACCUCCAGAGGUGCCCUCCCAAUCACAUGAGACAUCUUCUCCCGUCUCAACACCAAGGACAAUAACCCUUCAAGCUUCAGUCACACCUAUCCCUUAUGCAAUGUCUGCUUCUGAAACAGUUCCUUCCCCGUCACUGACUACUACAUCUACACGGACUACAAAUCGUCGUACUUUUGGAAAAAGACCGGGUCAGAAAGGCCACAGCCACCGUUGGGGUCAAAAGGGUCAAGUUGGUCAGUGGGGACAUAAAGGCCACGGUCACCCCUGGGGUAACAAGGGUCACCGCUGGGGUAAUAAGGGCCAACGCCAAGGUCAGAAGGGCCACAGUCAAGGUCAAAAGAACUAUAUGAACCGUAAAUUUCUCAAGGAAAUUCGGAGGGGUACCAAGAACCGGGGCCAAAAGACUCGGCCUGCAGGGAACUCCAAGACUGAGACAAAAAUUUCUUCAGCCUCGGCAGACCUAACACCGAGUAGUUCCGCCUCUGGUCCUGCUACAAAGCAAACAAUGGCCCCUUCAGAAACCAUAGCUUACCCAUGGCUAAUCUGGAAUUCAGGGAAACAAAGGGAAGGUGACCCCUACCACCACCCAAAGAAAGAUCCCGUUCAGGGCAGCCGUGACGACGAUGAAGAUGACAAAGAAGGCAGUCAUGUCCACCCCAAGAAAGACCAAAUUGAAGGCGGCCGGGAUGAUGACGACAACAAGGAAGACACCCGUCACCACCCCAAGAAAGACCCAAAUGAAGGCGGCCGGGACGACGACAAUGAUGAUGAUGACGACAAACAAGGCAGUCGUGUCCACCCCAAGAAAGACCGAACUGAAGGCGGCCGGGACGACGACGACGACAAGGAAGACAUCCGUCACCACCCCAAGAAAGACCGAACUGAAGGUGGGCGGGACGAUGAUGACGACGACAAGGAAGACAGCCGUCACCACCCCAAGAAAGACCGAAAUGAAGGCGGCCGGGACGACGACGAUGAUGAUGAUGACGACAAACAAGGCAGUCGUGUCCACCCCAAGAAAGACCGAAUUGAAGGCGGCCGGGAUGAUGACGACAACAAGGAAGACACCCGUCACCACCCCAAGAAAGACCCAAAUGAAGGCGGCCGGGACGACGACAAUGAUGAUGAUGACGACAAACAAGGCAGUCGUGUCCACCCCAAGAAAGACCGCAUUGAUGGCGGCCGGGAUGAUGACGACGACAAGGAAGACGUCCGUCACUACCCCAAGAAAGACCAAACUGAAGGCGGCCGGGACGAUGAUGACGACAAACAAGGCAGUCGUGUCCACCCCAAGAAAGACCGAAUUGAAGGCGGCCGGGACGACGACGAUGAUGAUGAUGACGACAAACAAGGCAGUCGUGUCCACCCCAAGAAAGACCGAAUUGAAGGCGGCCGGGAUGAUGACGAUGACAAGGAAGACACCCGUCACCACCCCAAGAAAGACAGAACUGAAGGCGGCCGAGACGAUGACGACGACAAGGAAGACACCCGUCACCACCCGAAGAAAGACCGACCUGAAGGCGGCCGAGACGAUGACGACGACAAGGAAGACACCCGUCACCACCCGAAGAAAGACCGACCUGAAGGCGGCCAGGACGAUGACGACGACGAGGAAGACGUCCGUCACUACCCCAAGAAAGACCGAACUGAAGGCGGGUGGGACGAUGAUGACGACAACAAGGAAGACAGCCAUCACCACCCCAAGAAAGACAGAACUGAAGGUGGGCGGAACGAUGAUGACGACGACAAGGAAGACACCCGUCCCCACCCCAAGAAAGACCGAACUGAAGGCGGCCGGGACGAUGACGACGACAAAGAAGGCAGUCAUGUCCACCCUAAGAAAGACCGAAUUGAAGGCGGCUGGGAUGAUGACGACGACAAGGAAGACACCCGUCAUCACCCCAAGAAAGACCGAACUGAAGGCGGCCGGGACGAUGACGACGACGACAAGGAAGACAGCCGUCACCACCCCAAGAAAGACCGAACUGAAGGUGGGCGGGACGAUGAUGAUGACGACAAACAAGGCAGUCGUGUCCACCCCAAGAAAGACCACGGUGAAGGCGGCCGGGAUGAUGACGACGACAAAGAAGACAGCCGUCACCACCCCAAGAAAGACCGAACUGAAGGCGGCCGAGACGAUGACGACGACAAGGAAGACACCCGUCACCACCCGAAGAAAGACCGACCUGAAGGCGGCCAGGACGAUGACGACGACAAGGAAGACGUCCGUCACUACCCCAAGAAAGACCAAACUGAAGGCGGCCGGGACGAUGAUGACGACAAGGAAGACCGAACUGAAGGCCGCCGGGACGAUGAUGACGACGACAAGGAAGACAGCCAUCACCACCCCAAGAAAGACCGAACUGAAGGUGGGCGGGACGAUGAUGACGACGACAAGGAAGACACCCGUCAUCACCCCAAGAAAGACCGAACUGAAGGCGGCCGGGACGAUGACGACGACGACAAGGAAGACAGCCGUCACCACCCCAAGAAAGACCGAACUGAAGGUGGGCGGGACGAUGAUGAUGACGACAAACAAGGCAGUCGUGUCCACCCCAAGAAAGACCACGGUGAAGGCGGCCGGGACGAUGACGACGACAAAGAAGACAGCCGUCACCACCCCAAGAAAGACCGAACUGAAGGCGGCCGAGACGAUGACGACGACAAGGAAGACACCCGUCACCACCCGAAGAAAGACCGACCUGAAGGCGGCCAGGAUGAUGACGACGACAAGGAAGACGUCCGUCACUACCCCAAGAAAGACCGAACUGAAGGCGGCCGGGACGAUGAUGACGACAAGGAAGACGUCCGUCACUACCCCAAGAAAGACCGAACUGAAGGCCGCCGGGACGAUGACGACGACGACAAGGAAGACAGCCAUCACCACCCCAAGAAAGACCGAACUGAAGGUGGGCGGGACGAUGAUGACGACGACAAGGAAGACACCCGUCCCCACCCCAAGAAAGACCGAACUGAAGGCGGCCGGGACGAUGACGACGACAAAGAAGGCAGUCAUGUCCACCCUAAGAAAGACCGAAUUGAAGGCGGCCGGGAUGAUGACGACGACAAGGAAGACACCCGUCAUCACCCCAAGAAAGACCGAACUGAAGGCGGCCGGGACGAUGACGACGACGACAAGGAAGACAGCCGUCACCACCCCAAGAAAGACCGAACUGAAGGUGAGCGGGACGAUGAUGACGACAAACAAGGCAGUCGUGUCCACCCCAAGAAAGACCACGGUGAAGGCGGCCGAGACGAUGACGACGACGACAAGGAAGACAUCAGUCACCACCCCAAGAAAGACCGAAAUGAAGGCAGCUGGGACGACGACGAUGACAAAGAAGGCAGUCGUGUCCACCCUAAGAAAGACCGAAUUGAAGGCGGCCGGGAUGAUGAUGACGACGACGACAAGGAAGACAGCCGUCACCACCCCAAGAAAGACCGAACUGAAGGCGGCCGGGACGAUGAUGACGACGACAAGGAAGACGUCCGUCACCACCCCAAGAAAGACCAAAAUGAAGGCGGCCAGGACGAUGACGACAAGGAAGACGUCCGUCACGACCCAAAGAAAGACCGAACUGAAAGCGGCCGAGACGAUGACGACGACGACAAGGAAAACAUCCGUCACCACCCCAAGAAAGACCGAACUGAAGGUGGGCGGGACGAUGAUGAUGACGACAAGGAAGACACCCGUCACCACCCCAAGAAAGACCGAAAUGAAGGCGGCCGGGACGACGACGAUGACAAAGAAGGCAGUCAUGUCCACCCUAAGAAAGACCGAAUUGAAGGUGGCCGGGAUGACGACGACAAGGAAGACACCCGUCAUCACCCCAAGAAAGACCGAACUGAAGGCGGCCGGGACGAUGACGACGACGACAAGGAAGAACGCCGUCACCACCCCAAGAAAGACCGAACUGAAGGUGGGCGGGACGACGACGAUGACAAAGAAGGCAGUCGUGUCCACCCUAAGAAAGACCGAAUUGAAGGCGGCCGGAAUGAUGACGACGACAAGGAAGACACCCGUCAUCACCCCAAGAAAGACCGAACUGAAGGCGGCCGGGACGACGACGAUGACAAAGAAGGCAGUCGUGUCCACCCUAAGAAAGACCGAAUUGAAGGCGGCCGGGAUGAUGACGAUGACAAGGAAGACACCCGUCAUCACCCCAAGAAAGACCGAACUGAAGGUGGGCGGGACGAUGAUGAUGACGACAAGGAAGACACCCGUUACCAUCCCAAGAAAGACCGAACUGAAGGCGGCCGUGACGAUGACGACAAGGAAGACGUCCGUCACUACCCAAAGAAAGACCGAACUGAAAGCGGUCGGGAUGACGACGACGACAAGGACGACACCCGUCCCCACCCCAAGAAAGACCGAACUGAAGGCGGGCGGGACGAUGAUGACGACGACAAGGAAGACACCCGUCACCACCCCAAGAAAGACCGAACUGAAGGCAGCCGGGAUGAUGACGACGACAAGGAAGACGUCCGUCACCACCCCAAGGAAGACCAAACUGAAGGCGGCCGGGACGAUGACAAGGAAGACGUCAGUCACUACCCCAAGAAAGACCGAACUGAAGGCGGCCGGGACGAUGACGACGAGAAAGAAGGCAGUCAUGUCCACCACAAGAAAGACCAAACUGAAGGAGGGUGGGACGAUGAUGACGACGACAAGGAAGACACCCGUCACCACCCCAAGAAAGACCGAACUGAAGGCAGCCGGGACGAUGACGACGACAAGGAAGACGUCCAUCACCACCCCAAGGAAGACCGAACUGAAGGCGGCCGGGACGAUGACAAGGAAGAUGUCCGUCACUACCCCAAAAAAGAACGAAAUGAAGGCGGCCGGGACGAUGAUGACGACAAGGACACCCGUCACCACCCCAAGAAAGACCGAACUGAAGGCGGCCGGGACGAUGACGACGACAAGGAAGACACCCGUCACCACCCGAAGAAAGACCAACCUGAAGGCGGCCAGGACGAUGACGACGACAAGGAAGACGUCAGUCACUACCCCAAGAAAGACCGAACUGAAGGCGGCCGGGACGAUGACGACGACAAAGAAGGCAGUCAUCUCCACCCCAAGAAAGACCAAACUGAAGGUGGGCGGGACGAUGAUGACGACGACAAGGAAGACACCCGUCACCACCCCAAGAAAGACCGAACUGAAGGCCGCUGGGACGAUGACGACGACAAAGAAGGCAGUCAUCUCCACCCCAAGAAAGACCAAACUGAAGGUGGGCGGGACGAUGAUGACGAUGACAAGGAAGACGUCCGUCACCACCCCAAGGAAGACCGAACUGAAGGCGGCCGGGACGAUGACGAUGACAAGGAAGAUGUCCGUCACUACCCCAAAAAAGAACGAAAUGAAGGCGGCCGGGACGAUGACGACGACAAGAAGGACACCCGUCACUACCCCAAGAAAGACAGAACUGAAGGCGGCCGGGACGAUGAUGACGACAAGGAAGACAGCCAUCACCACCCCAAGAAAGAUCGAACUGAAGGCGGCCGAGACGAUGACGACGACAAGGAAGACACCCGUCACCACCCGAAGAAAGACCGACCUGAAGGCGGCCAGGACGAUGACGACAAGGAAGACGUCCGUCACUACCCCAAGAAAGACCAAACUGAAGGCGGCCGGGACGAUGAUGACGACAAGGAAGACGUCCGUCACUACCCCAAGAAAGACCGAACUGAAGGCCGCCGGGACGAUGAUGACGACGACAAGGAAGACAGCCAUCACCACCCCAAGAAAGACCGAACUGAAGGUGGGCGGGACGAUGAUGACGACGACAAGGAAGACACCCGUCCCCACCCCAAGAAAGACCGAACUGAAGGCGGCCGGGACGAUGACGACGACAAAGAAGGCAGUCAUGUCCACCCUAAGAAAGACCGAACUGAAGGCGGCCGGGACGAUGACGACGACGACAAGGAAGACAGCCGUCACCACCCCAAGAAAGACCGAACUGAAGGCGGCCGGGACGAUGACGACGACGACAAGGAAGACAGCCGUCACCACCCCAAGAAAGACCGAACUGAAGGCGGCCGGGACGAUGAUGACGACGACAAGGAAGACGUCCGUCACCACCCCAAGAAAGACCAAAAUGAAGGCGGCCAGGACGAUGACGACAAGGAAGACGUCCGUCACGACCCAAAGAAAGACCGAACUGAAAGCGGCCGAGACGAUGACGACGACGACAAGGAAAACGUCCGUCACCACCCCAAGAAAGACCGAACUGAAGGUGGGCGGGACGAUGAUGAUGACGACAAGGAAGACACCCGUCACCACCCCAAGAAAGACCGAAAUGAAGGCGGCCGGGACGACGACGAUGACAAAGAAGGCAGUCAUGUCCACCCUAAGAAAGACCGAAUUGAAGGUGGCCGGGAUGACGACGACAAGGAAGACACCCGUCAUCACCCCAAGAAAGACCGAACUGAAGGCGGCCAGGAUGAUGAUGACGACGACAAAGAGGGCAGUCAUGUCCACCCCAAGAAAGACCGAAAUGAAGGCGGCAGGGACGACGAUGACGACAAGGAAGACAGCAGUCACCACUCCAAGAAAGACCGAAUUGAAGGCAGCCGGGACGACGAUGACGAUGACAAAGAAGGCAGGCGUUACCCCAAGAAAGACGAAGCCGAGGGACGACGUGACGAGGAGAAGGAAGGCGUCGUCAAAUGGUCCCACAGCCCCUGGCACAAGGCCGACGGCAAAGGCUGGCAAAAGAAGCCCGACAACAGAGGCUGGCGAAAGGCGACGUCCAGGUGGCGCGGCAGCAGGCGUCGCAAGAACAAACACACUAGCCGACGCGGUCGUCCUAGCUAACCGUUCCGCUUCUCUCUUAAAUAUUUUUCUUCCAAUAAAUUCAGUUGAAAUGA